CACACACACACACACACACACACACACAUACCCUCCUCCCCCCGGCACAUGCACACCCACACUCUUUCUCAUAACCUCCACGCCAAAAAGACCACCUGCAAAAACAUUUGAGUUUUUCAACAGCAAUUCAGCCUUGACAACUAACCUUCCAAGAAUAACACCAGUCCAGCACGCAGCUUCCACAUCCCAUAACAAAAACAGAAAUGUUCACCACCACCUGUCCACCACGAUCAGUCCCUUGCACUUCAUGAUGCCGUUCUGACCGUCCAUCUCCUUGAGAAGAAUUAUGCUGCACCAUGCCCAGCUCAUCACCAUCACUUGUGCUUAUUGUGUUCUCCGGACAAAAAAAACAUGAGAGGAAGCCCUCUGUAGAAAUAUGGAUCACAGACAGGGGCAGGGAGAGGAGGGGCAGAGGAGGGGAGGGGCGGGGUAUUAUGGGUUGUCCGUUUAGCAGGACCGGGGAUGCAGCAGCUGCUGUGUCCCGCCUGCUGUCUCUUAUACACAUCUAGAUGUGUAUAAGAGACAGGAACUCAGCUGCGCACCGGGUCCGGGAAAUGAGCAGGAUGUGUGUGGUGAGUGGCUGGGUAUUACCUCAGAGCCAGCAUCGAGGUGAAGUAGAAACGAUGAUCUGGGUGUCAAUGAGAGGCCAGAGCAGGGAAAUGAGGAGGAUGUGUGCGGUGAGUGGUUGGUUAUUACCUCAUCAGCCAGCAUAGAGGUGAAUUAGUGUUAACGAGCUCGGUGAUGAGAGAUUCGUAAGUUUCUGAAGGGGAAAUUAGAAAAAAAAAGUUAUAAUGGCUCAUCGGUAAUGAGUCGAUGGAGAUCCUUUUGAUCGGUAGGUGGGUCUGCAAUUCGGAUAAGUGUGUUCAUAGCUAUACUUGAGAGUUUGUUUUCAUUAUUCAGUUUAUAAAGUAUAACAUAAUUUAAUAAAUUUAAUAAAUUUAU